AUGCAAGACGCCCUGGCUGCGAAAAAUAUAAGCCUGAUCAAGGAAACGCCUCUGCCACUUCACGCAAACAGCAUCCCAUACUACGAGGGAUGUCUCUUAAAACUAGCGGCCUUUAGAUUGCACGUAUACGAUUCUUCGAUUCAGAGACUCCUGGUACUUGACGCCGACCAACUAAUACUUCGAAACCUGGACAUGAUUUUCGACACUCAAAUGACGGAUUUUAUGGCUCCAACCGCUUAUUGGAUAAGCAAUGAUACCAUUACUAGCACUUGUAUGUUGAUCCAGCCGGGCAAACCGAUGUGGGAUAGGGUCAAGGCUGCCGCGAAAAGUAUAAAGUCUGACAAGUACGACAUGGACCUUAUCAACGACCUAUUUGCCGAGCGGGGAGAUCGAUUGAGCGAGAGAUAUGUGACCCUCAAUAGUCACUGGGAAGAUUGGAACAUUCCCCUGUGGAUGGGUUCUAGGUCGUCUAAUGGCACUGCGACAGACCAACAACUACGGGCUUUGUAUGACCAAGCGGCUAUCAUUCACUUCACUGCUGCUGGCAAGCCAUGGAUGCACGACACUCAGGCGCUGCGGGAGCACUGGCAUACAUGGGCAAAAUUAAGAAUGCACACAUCGAGGACGCCAAGAGUAGCAAUCUACACAUCUGUACCCUCGCACCAAAACACCAUGUAUAUACCGGAAAUAAAAUCGCCCAAACCAUAUACUAUCCACGGAUUUGGAAUGGUUCGUCAACGUGUGAUAACAAGCCGAGAAGCAAAGGCAUACGACGGCAGUGAUAAUGAAAAGCGUAAAGAUAAUGUCGUCUUGGAUGGUAAUAUUGGCGUACUUUGCGUGAAGGUGUCGCAAGAUAAUGCCCUCGCCAAUUAUGAAGGCUAG